UUCGUCCCGACCCCGCUGACUGGAGUCGGCCUUAGCACGCUCCGUUAGUGACGCUCUGCCUCUCUUCACCGCGCGUGUUGCAACUCAAUUCGAGACAUUGAUCACAGCAGUUAUCAUUACUUCAAUCUCUUCCAAAACUUGCAAUAUUUGACAUGCUUGGCAUCACCAAAAAUUUUUCUCUUAUCCGCGCUUCUCGAUGUAGCAAGACGUCAUCUCGGCAAGCUCCUUCUCGAUCCUUUUCGCUUCUUCACUCCUUCACCAAACACUCACCCCAUCGCCGCCCAUAUCACGUCACCCGCACCUCGUCGCAUUGCACGCCUGUCGAACAAAAAUGCGCCCGCAAGUCCUCUCCGAGGAGCUGCUUUGUUUUCGACCUGUCGCGCUACGCAGAACAACUGGACCAGCACAUCCCGGCCGACCUUUCCAAAAUUCAACAGCGCGUCGACCUCGCAAAAAACAGCGGCCUUGUCCCCGACGCAGCCGACUCUUUGCAAGUCUUCCUCUCUUACUUAAGGCAAAACCUCACUAGCCAGGCCAUGGCCCACUUCCUCGAGAUUUGUUCGGCCCCGGAAAUCAAAGUCUUUCAUUACGAACUACUGCUCGUCCAGUUGGCCUCAAAGAGAGAAUGGAAGCACUUUCUGGACGUCCUCAGCUACUUCAAUCGCUCCUUGAAAAACAAAGCCAUUUCCCUAAGAACCGAAACCUGCGACAUCAUCCUCAUCGCGCUCGGGGAAUGCGGAAACGUCCAGCACGCGAUACAGAUAUACGAAGACAUGUUUCGCGCGCAACACAUACCAACCAAGUUGCAUCUGAUCAACGUCUUGAAGGCGGCAUCUGUUUCUGGAGAUCCUAAGACAUUUCACCAAUUUUUUAUGCGACUCAAUCACAAAUCGAUCAAACUUUCGAACUCUGACCUGAGAAUACUCAUCGACCUAUGGGGAACCUCUCGAGCGUCCGCAGAAUGGCUCAGCCAGAGAAACGUCAAUACCGCCGACUACGCUUGUGUUAUGGACGCUUCGCUUCGCGCUCACAACUACAAGGUGGCCAUCAACCUCUUUUCAGAAUGCAGGGAGCUCGCGAAUUUAACGCCUGACUCCCUGAUGUACGAGACGUUUUUGAGCGCCUGCAUCCGAGACAACCAACUCCGAAUGAAGGCCCGCGAGUGGAAGAAAAAGUUCCAUCGAUACCCCAAAGGGGUCGAGGACCAAAAACAUCAUUACGAUUUUGUCGACUUCCUCACGGAGCUCUCCAACCACCUGGGCGACUCCAUCGCCUAUGCGCGUCCGGCACCGUCCGGCGAACAAAUCAAGUUUUCAAGAACAACGAGAAAGGCAUCUAAGCAACUGUACAAAUUCUACCCGAAGAUCGCCUUCCAAACAGAUAUGGACCAACUUUACGAAUGGGUGCCAGAAUACACCGAAAGGAAAGAGCGCGCGAAGCUGGCGCUGGAACAAGAAAAGAAAGCGAUCGAAUUGGAAAAGAUCCAAGAAGAAGCGAAAAAAGAGGCAGAAAGUCUUGGCGAUUAAUGGGCGGUUCGACAACUAUUAUGUACAGGAAGCAUCCAAGCAGCGAAAAAAUUAAACAAACAAAAAAAGCUCUUGUUUAAAGAAAACACCCUCGGGGUCGGAAAUUUGCGUUUGUCAGGCUGAGAACUUUGAAAACUGUUUUUCUCCAACGUAGAUACAACGAAUAACAGACGUGACUCACAAAUUCGUUGCUGCUCGCUGGACGAAACGUUGAAAAUUGGCCUCAAGCUUCUUUGCCAUUUUUUCAGGCGACUUCGUUCCCCUUUUUUGGCUUCUUGUGCGUUCAAAUGGUUCCCUACCCCCAAUCCCGCUCGCUACUUGAAAUGUGUUUUUAGUUUAACUCACUUCUCGCGCGCGGGCGGCGCCUCUUGUCCUCGUCCGGCGUGGGCUUUCGAAGCCCCCGAGGCCGAGUGUUCCGUCCUCGCGCGCGGAACUGCCUCGAUAGCCCCCCUGCUCGCCGCGAGUUCGAAAGGGCUUUUGCAGAAAAAGGGACGGAUACCGCAAUACAUAGGCCACACACAACCAAGCAUUACUGAAAAAUCAAAAAAAACGUGUUUCGGGCACUGUAUCCCGCACCGUUGUCCGAGAGUAUCGGCUUCAGCCAUAGAACACGGGACCAAGACUUGUCGGGGGUUUCUGCUUCAGGCCACCCGCACCCGACUCAGGUGCCUCUACGGUACGGCGAAUACACGGACGUGUACAGAAGAGAGCGACGGGAGGCCGAAAAGAUCAGAAAGCAAAGAGACAAGCACUCGAGACAGGCACUGCAAGCCGGCUUUUUAGGCGACGACGACUCUAUGCGUCUUCACCAUGAUCGAGCAAGGGAGCUUCAAGAGCGGUUUGUGGCGGAGCAAAGCGCAGCCGCGUCUAGAAUUUUCGCUUUUUUUAAUCACAUGAACGCCGAAAUAACAAAGAAGUCGUGCGAAAAAGUGGGCUGUGAAUGCUGGCGCUGGAUUGACCUGCAUGGAUUGCAUGCAGAAGAGGCGAUCAAAUUUCUCUCGAUGCGAAUCAAUUCGAUAGCAGAGUUGAUUGAAAGUUCGGCCAAUCAAAAUCAGAAGAAUAAAGUUGAUCAUCAAGAAAACCAUCGCGGAAAAAUAACGUCUACAAAACCAGUUUGGCUGAAUGUGAUUACCGGGAGAGGCGGACACCAGCCAGGAUACUCCAUACUCAAGCCAGCGAUUACCUCCUACCUUGAAAAAAACCAGCUAUGCUAUCGGGUGAUAAACGAUGGGUCCUAUUUUGUCUGGGUUACGCCGUACAAAAGGGUUUCAAGUUGACACUUUUUUUCAAAAUUUUGUAGAGAGCAGCGUGCGGCACGUCCCGUAACUAGACGAAAUUCUUCGAUGGUUCUUUCAGAGACUAGUUCCGAGAUGUGCGGUUGCGUCCGCAACCCCGACAAAGGCCGCCUUAUUGUGAACACUUUAACCAGUUUCGAGACAAGGAAGCUGAAUUUUUUUUUCGAAAUGUAGUUCUCUUCAACAA